UGCAAACCUGUCUGUUUAGAAUUAAGAACGUUUGUAAGCGGAAACAAUUAAAGUUAUUAUCACCGAAAUAUCGCUUAAUUCGAGAAAUUAUUGGGAUAGUUAACGUCUAUAUAAAUAUCAACUGAUCCACUCAUAACUCAGUGUGACUGAGACCAAAGUCAACAAGUGACCUUUGCGCCGAUAACUUGGCAUAAAAUGUUUAUCAUAAUCUAUUUCAUGUUGUGUUCUAUGUUUGGAAAAACGUUAGUGGCGCGAACUUUGAAUGAAUACAAUAUUGACCGGCAGAAUAUACUCGAUGAGGAGUUUGAAAUGCAAGUGGGAGGCAGACUGCGUCUCACUGACGAAGAAAAUAUCGCGAACGACAUACUCAUGCACUGGAAGCACUUAGAGGUACAGGAGUCGUUCGAUAACCCACGUUAUUUCAACUUCUCAAAGCACUUCUUUAAAUACAGACAUCAAAUUGAAAAGUCGAAAGUUUAUCAGAUCAUACGAAAGAUGCCAAAGGGCGCCACGCUGCACGUUCACAGUUCCCUCAUGCUGAGUGCCGAUCGAGUAAUGGAGCUGACGUACGAGGACCACUUAUAUGCUUGUAUCGCCGCUGGCUAUUUAGAUUUACAAUUCUCAAUAACGACUCCCCAACGACCUUGCCCAUAUAAGUGGCACCUUUUGAACGAAUUAAGGAACGCUUCCGACGAUGUUGCUAACUUCGACUCGGAGCUCAGAAAACACUUCACAAUGUACACAGAUGACGAAAACGAAAUAAACAGAGAUAUCAAUUACACUUGGAAAAGAUUCAAUAAAGUAUGCGCUUCUAUAAAGGCCCUCAUCUCAUACAGGCCCGUAAGAGAGAAAUACAUCUACGACGGUUUACAAGAGUUUUACGAUGACAACGUAAGAUAUAUCGAAUUGCGAAGUGGUUUGUCCAAAUUAUAUGAAUUGGAUGGGAAAGUCCACGAUUCAAUGUACUUGCCGCGUCUCAUUGACCGAGUGACGAAGAAAUUCAAACAAACACAUCCCGAUUUUAUAGGCGUAAAAUUGAUUGUUACACAUCGUCGAUAUCGGAACAUGACGCAAAUGCAGUCGGUUAUCAACAUAGCGCGGCAAAUCAAAAAAGAACUGCCUGACAUCUACGCCGGCCUCGAUUUAGUAGGACAAGAGGAUUUAGGGAAACCUUUAGUAGAUUUACUUCCGCUAUUAACAGAUGCAAAGGAGGACGUCAAUUUAUACUUCCAUGCUGGAGAAACAAAUUGGUUUGGGACAUCUUCAGAUGAGAAUUUAGUUGACGCUAUCCUGCUGGGGUCUAAACGUAUCGGGCAUGGGUACGCUCUUAUAAAACAUCCGGCUCUAAUGGCAGCUGUGAAACAAAGAGACAUUGCAAUUGAAGUUAACGUGAUUUCGAAUAUAGUGUUGUCAUUAGUGAGUGAUGUGAGGAACCAUCCACUAGCAAUUUAUUUAGCUGACGGUAUGCCGAUAGUUUUAUCUAGUGAUGACCCCGGCGCGUGGGACGCAGCUCCCAUGUCGUAUGACUUUUACAUUGCUUUCGUUGGUGUUGCAAGUAAGAGGGCCGAUUUGAGAAUGCUGAAACAAUUAGUAAUCAAUUCAAUAAGAUACAGUGCGCUCGAUGAUAGAGGUAAGACGUCAUUGUUUCGACUGUUCCAUGAAAACUGGCAAGAAUUCAUCGAAAAUGUGAUAGCGAUGGAUAGUUAGAAAUAUUACAUAAUAGUAAUGGUAUUAUUAGUAUUAAGUACAAUUGUGUAAAUAAAAUAAGGAAAUGUAAAUUCAAUUCUAGAAGCCAUACUUUAAUAGAUAAUACAAUCGAUUGUAAAUA